GGCAGAGAGUCCGGACUACCGCUCAAACACUGCAGUCUUUUGCUUCUCUGUGGAAACAGUGUCUUUCUCUUCUGCCUGCCUGUCUCUUCUUAUUGCUUUAUUCUUCUCUCGCGGCUUUGCCAUGACCCCAGCGGACACCUUGAUCUCCUUGCCCACCUAGAGAAGAAGGGAGAAAUGCUGUAGCGGAGGAAGGAGAGACGAGAAGAGGGGACACGGCACACUUUGCCUCACUGAUGAGAGUCUGGAAAUUAAUUAACCGCCGGCAGCACAGAGGGGGGAGCGCAGAGAGGGGCUCAGUGUGAGGUGCAGGAGGACAAUAAGAGGGAGUUGAAGAGGGUGAAUUAUUAAAUGUGUGGGGAAGAGGCUGUGGAGAUGAGUAACCUCUAGACACUUUUCAGAGACAAAAAGGACAAGUUUGGGCAAGGCAGGAAUUUUAACAAAAGGAUAUAUUGAAAAAGCCAAAGAAUGUACUGCUCACAAGCGUUAUUCAUCCUUUCAUGCCGCUUUUCAUCCUUCCCCUCACAUGCAUAACACCAUAUUUCCCUCUCAUCUUCUUAUCCUUUUUCACUGCAUGUCAGCAAAAGCAUAUCGACAGCCACCACCACAAGCCUUAGACCCGUGCGUAGCAUUUCAUUCUCAGUGGAUGUGUUACUGAAUACAUGAAGUUGAUUGGCAGAAUCAGGAGUGCUGUUAUCUCCCAGCCGAGAGUACCUGCUCAGGAAUUUCCCAUGAGUCCAGGUAGGACGUCUUGGAUCAUUUCGCCAGCCCAAAGCAGCUGGAGAGGUCGACUCGAAGCCCUCCAGUCAUUUACCUGAUUGGAUCGUUAUGAGAUGAAACUGCAAACCAGUUUAUCUCUCAGAGCAUGACACUUGUGUUUGGGGCGAUUACAGAGAGGGAAACAAGGAUGUGCAGAUGUGAAAGUGUGUGUGGGGAUUAUGUCCUAAAUACACAGAAUUACACAGUUGUUGCGGCAGGAUUAUGCAAAGUCUCCUGCUGGAUGUAGUGGCACUAUUGGAUUAAAGAGCGGAACUACUACAGGACAUUAUCUUUCACAGAUUAAGUGAGAUCAAGUUUGUCACACCUGGGGUAGAAUUGAAUAAGCCGUUGCAGAGUUUGAUGAGGGGUCUAUUCUGAGGAAUAGGUAAAAACAUCACAAAAACAAUCUCUCAGCGCCCAACGGAAUAACUUUUGGUCCCUCUGUGUGGACUAAGUACUGAAGUACACAGAGUGACUAUAAAGAGACUCUUAAAGUUCCUUCAGUCUCCAUAAUGAGACGCUCGAGCACAGACGAGACUCCGUACCGGCGCAGUCCGUCUCUGGACAGCAAACCCGACACGCCGCCGUUCACUUCUGGCUUUCACCGCUUCAGUGGGGAGUUUGAGUACAAGCGGCCACCGUUUGCGUUCGGCUUCCACACGACAAAAGGGCCGGAGACGUCAAAGGGGCGCUAUGCCCAGGGGAAGAAGUAUGUGGUGUUUUACCUGGACCUCUCCUUCAUAUUCCUCCUAGAACUGCGGCGCUGCAGGAUGGCCGAGGGUUGCAUGAUGGCCCUGCGAUACGGAAUGGUCUUCUUCAACCUCCUCUUCUGGUUGGGAGGAUGUGGCAUACUGGGGGUGGGAGUUUGGCUCUCAGUUACCCAGGGAAACUUUGCCACCCUAUCAUCAUCACUUCCCUCCCUGUCAGCUGCCAACCUGCUGAUCGCGGUGGGAACCAUAAUCAUGGUGAUCGGCUGUUUGGGCUGCGUAGGAGCCGUCAAAGAGAGUCGCCCUGUGCUGCUGACGUUCUUCAUCCUCCUCCUGCUCAUCUUCUUCCUGGAGAUUCUGUCCAUCAUGCUUUUCUUCAUCUACCGAGAUGAGAUUGAUCACUACGCCCAAAGGGAUCUGAAGAAGGGCCUGCAGCUCUUCGGCACGGAGGGAAAUGUGGGUCUGACCAACGCCUGGAUGAUAGUACAAACUGAUUUUCGCUGCUGUGGAGUCACCAACCACACAGACUGGUUUGAGGUUUACAACGCCAGCCGCGUGCCGGACUCCUGCUGCCUGGAGUACAGCGACAACUGUGGCCUGGACAACCCAGGAACAUGGUGGACAGCGCCGUGCUACGAGAGGGUAAAGGACUGGCUUAAUGAGAACCUGGUGGCUCUUUGGAUCUUUGCUCUAUGCACAGCACUUACUCAGAUCCUGGGCCUGGUCUUCUCUAUGACGAUGUUCUGCCAGGCAGUGAAAGUAGAGACCUUCUACGCCUAGCGAUCGACCCAUCCCUCGCUCUUCAGCACACUUGGAUUGUUUCUCAUCAGAGAGGGACCAAUAUAGACCCCCUCCUCCUCCUCCCCUCCUCCUCCUCCUCCUCCUCUUCCUCCUCCCUCGACAGACUCUUCUUCCCUUGUCCUCUCUGUGACAUUCCCUCUCGGGUGUCACCACUUCACAGUUUUUCUGCUAACUAUCAAGACGCACAGUGUCAGUGUUUUAUCUGAGUCGGUUCCUAUGGUUUGCUCUGUGUCAAAAAGCUAAUUUUUGUGAUACAUUUUAUGAAGCAGUAAUAUGAACAUGUAUAAAAAAGUGUAACCAUCCUUUUUUUUAAUAAGUGUUUUGUUCUAAAUUAUUUCUUGGUUUGUAUGUGUUUUCAAAAUGAGAGCUACAGUUGGGGACUGAGUGAAGUGCUGCAAGUGCAUGUCUCCUGCGAUGGUGUAUUAAAUGUUCUGGCUCCACUAAACA